AUGCCUGGGAUUCUGCCAAUGAAAGUCAUUAAAGUCGGCGGUACUGGCAGCCAAAGCCGUAUUGCCCAGGCUUGUGACCGCUGUCGAAGCAAAAAGAUCCGCUGUGAUGGCGUUCGCCCCUGCUGCACACAAUGCGCCAAUGUCGGAUUUGAAUGUAAGACAAGCGACAAACUGAGCCGCCGAGCCUUUCCUCGAGGUUAUACCGAAUCGCUCGAAGAGCGCGUGCGAGCACUAGAAGCCGAAGUGAAGGACUUGAAAGACCUAUUGGAUGAAAAAGACGAAAAAAUCGAUGUCUUGUCGCGCAUACACUCGUUCUCCCCACAAUCGCAGCGGUCGCCCUGUUCCCGAUCGCCCCCAACGAUCCCAACCGCCCCAACUAAACCUGCCAUCGCCAACGAAACCGAAGAUGUUAUUCGUGUACCACGAGCAGCAAGUCGAUCCUCUAGUCGACCAUCACCUGAAAAUCCUUAUACUGCAUUUGUCAGUACUCAAGGUUAUGCGGAUACUUUGACUGCCAAGCUUGUCAAUGAUGGUAGAUCCGAUGCUAAGAUCCUGACCAAUUCUUUAACUAAAUUGGCACCGGCCGUGUCUCGGGGAUCACCUAACCAGCCAAUAAAUCCUCCCCCCCGGCUCGUAUCGGAUCAGCUUAUCAACAUUUUCUUCCAAGAGUGGGCCCCGCUGUAUCCGGUGGUUCAUCGCCCAACCAUUUUGAAGGCCUACGAGGAAUAUGUGAAUAAUCCCGAGUCGCUGAAGCAGAACAUGCACCGAAUGACUCAACUGAAUCUUAUUUUCGGGAUCGCUGCUAUAUCGUCCAAGUCGAGAACUGAGCAGGAUCCAUCUUUCUUCGAGGAAACAUGGUCAAACUCUCUUGACUCGUCUCCAUCUCAGACCUCCCUCUCCGGUCUCCAAUGCUUCGUCCUUGCUCAAAUCUACUGUAUGACCAAGGGCGACUACCCCAGUCUGCUCCGCUAUCGAGCACUUGCGGUCGAUAUUUGCCACCAGCUUGAACUGCAUCUGAGUCAAGCAGAUGUGGCCUCGAAUCGGCUAGAGGAAGAAACCUCCAAGAAGGUUUUCUGGUGCCAGUAUACCUUGGACCGCAUGUCUACUGCUCUGACCGGAAUGCCCAUGCUGUUACGGGAAUCUGAUAUUGAGAUUGAAUAUCCGGUUGAUAUCGACGAUGAGAACGUUACUGAGGCGGGCUUUUUGCCAGCUCUUCCCGGUGAACCUACCCGUCUGUCGAGUGCCCUUGCCUUUUUUGGCGCGUCGAGGAUCCUCACUCAGGUCUUGGAAAACCUGUAUCCCUCAAAGUCCGGAUACAGUGUCAAUCUCUCCAAGAUCCGGGCUAUGGCUAGCCAGCUGGAUUCCUGGCUGCAUAGCCUACCCUCACACCUUCGCCUCGUAUUUUCACAGGACAAGCCUAGCACAAAUGUUACCAGCAGCCGAUCCCCGCUCUUGUCUCUUGUCUACUACUAUAUUCGCUCAUUGAUCCACCGUCCAGCUGUGUGCUUCGCUGAGGAGCACGUCCGUUCGCCCUCAGUUCUAGCACUCUCUGAUUCAUCCAAGCAUAUCAUUCAAAUUUUCCAGCUGCUGGAUGAACGCCGUCUAUGUCUGUCAAUCAGUAUCAACCGCAAGGAGGUUGUCUUUUCUUCCGGACUCGGAUUGCUAUGGCAGACCCUUGGGCUGAACCAUGACAGCAAGCUUGUCAAGGAGAGCCAGAAACUCAUUAUGAAUGUCAUUGAGCUACUGGCACAAGAAUCGUCCUCGUCCGCGCGUGAAUUUACCGUUCUCGCGAGUACUAUUUUACCUCUUGGCGAGGGAAGCAAUGAGUCACCACCGCACUCGGACCUGGCGGCUUCGCAGAACAAGUCAUCCAAGUUGCCAAAGAAACAGUUUCAGUCUCUGAAGUCUCGCCUUACUUCCAGCAUAAGCAAAAGCCAGCCACCGAAGCAAGAUUCAGGUUCUCGCCGAAACACCGUCUCAGGUGCAUCCCCCCAAAUGGGCCCGCAGAACCUUCGAUCUCCCAGCUGGGCCAGUUUCCAUGCCAGUCAGGCCGACCAGCGUGCCGCUGCUUACCCUGCCACACGGCAUGCUUCUCUAGAUCUACCCUCAGAUCUACGAAUGGGACCGGCGUCUCUUGGUUAUGAUAAUAGGCCAAUGUCGCACUCCCCUCCAUCGAAUGCCGCUAGUGAAGUCAUCACGAUGGCUGAUUGGGAGCAUGUUCUGAGCGACAUGGAUAGUGGGUUCUCCAACAUCUUCAAUGGUAUUUACGGCGGCCACGAGUGUGCAGAGGACCCCGGUCCGUUUGCAUCCAUCACCGCUUCCUACCAAUCAAAGCCGAACGAUGAUGGUGCUUUGAACAUACCAUCCCACGACUUCCAUGACCUCUCACCCGAGGCAUGGUCAUCCAGCAGCGGCGAUCUUCCGAACCCUACAAACGCACACACUGCGCAGAGUGUAUUGAGCUAUUCUGGGGAAAGCAUGGGUAGCGCGGACGACAAUAUUCAUCAGCUCGGUGACGUUCCUCUUCUUCCUGAAGAUAUGGGUUCCAUGCUGGAUCCAUUCAAUGGUCUUCCUUUGCCAUCUGAGGAAGAUCUGGAUGAGUAUGCCUUGGUCAACGGAUGGGAUCGGCCGGUUAUCGUCUAA